CUCAUUUGAGCCCUGCUCCUCUCAGCGGAUGGACGCAGAGCAAGAGGACAGGUUGAUCACAUGACCAGCUCAGAGAACGGCGAUAUGGCUUCUGUGCCAGAGCUAAUCUUGGAUGUACUGCUUGAGCUGGUUGAUGACGAUCUGAAGACUUUCCAGUUUUACCUUUACAGUAAGCCUCACGACGGAUGCCCUCAUAUUGCCAAGUCUCGGGUCUACGGCGUUGACAGGCUGCGCACGGUAGAUCUUUUGGUGCUAACUUACGGCUAUGACGGUGCUGUUACGGUCACAGUGGAUAUACUUGAGAGGAUGAAACUCAAACUAUGGGCUGAAACCCUGAAGAAGAAUUACGAUGAAGUUGCGAGCAAUCAAGUUGGCACAGAAACUGACCACCACGCGGUCCGGGAAAAACUGAAAUCCACCCUGAAGGAAAAGUUCCAAACCAUUUAUGAGGGCAAUGCAGAUGAGGGAGAUACCGUCUACCUGAACAAGAUCUACACUGAGCUGCACGUCAUCGAGGGAGCCUGGGGAAGCUUCAGCGAGGAGCAUGAAGUCAGGCAGCAGAGGUCCAACUAUGUACAGGCGGAGGAAACUUCCAUUAAAGCUAGCGACAUCUUCAAACCCAAGCCCAACCAAGACAAGCGAAUCCGAACUGUGCUCACACAGGGUAUACCUGGAGUGGGUAAAACUGUCUGUGCGCAGAAAUUUACCCUGAGCUGGGCCGAAGGAAAUGAGAAUCAGGACAUCGCCUUCCUCUUCCCGCUUCCUUUCCGUGAGUUGAACCCAAUCAUAGGCGAGAAGGACUACAGUCUGAUGCAGCUGCUCCAUCAGUUCUUCCCUGAUACGAAACCGCUUGAGGUGUUGGGAACAGGAUGCAAAGCCCUCUUCAUCUUUGAUGGCCUGGACGAGACUCUCCUGCCCUUGAACUUCAAGCACAACAAGGUCUUGAGGGAUGAGAGGGAGCUGGCCCCGCUCGAUGUCCUGAUCACGAACCUGAUCACGGGAGAUCUGCUCGGCAACAGCCUCAUCUGGAUCACGUCCAGGCCCGCAGCGGCAAGCCGAGUCCCUCGAAAGCACAUCCACCAGUGGACGGAGGUGAGGGGUUUCGCUAACGAACAGAGGGAGGAAUACUUCAAGAAGAGUUUGCGCGAUGAUAACCUCGCCAUCAGAGUCAUCAACCACGUGAAGUCAUCCAGAAGCCUCUACAUCAUGUGUCAGAUACCAGUUUUCUGCUGGAUCACAGUCACUGUAAUGAAGAAGAUGCUGCGCAACAACGUGACGGGAGUCAUCCCCAGCACCCUGACCGAGAUGUACUCGUACCUCCUUCUCUGCCAGACAGACCGGAUGGUGGAAGGGCACUACACUAUAGAAAGCACCAGUGUUGUUUUGAAGCUAGCAGAGCUGGCGUUCCGUCAACUGGAGAAAGGCAGACUGAUCUUCUACGAGGCUGACUUGAAAGAGUGCGGCAUGGACGUCAAAGAAGCAACCGUCUACUCGGGACUUUGCACAGAGGUCUUCCUGAUGGAGGGCAGAAGGACGAGAGAGGUUUUUAGCUUUGUACACUUAACCGUCCAAGAGUUUCUGGCAGCUGUGUACGCCCAUCACUCCUACAUGCAAAGAAAGGACAAUGUUCUCCUUGGGUACUUGAAAAGAGUGUCUACAAGAUGGCUCCCCAAAUCUGUGUUCGGUCUCCACAAGACCGCCGUCGAAAAAGCCUCGGAGAGUCCGGAUGGCCGCUGGGACCUCUUCCUCCGCUUUCUCCUGGGACUGUCGCUGAAGUCCAACCAGGAGCUCCUCGGACGACUACUGCAUUUGGAAGCCGAGGGAGAGGAAGAUGUGGCGAGAACCAUCGAGUUUAUCAAGGAGAAGAUCAAAGAGGAACCAGAGGCCAAACUCAACCUGUUUCACUGCCUGAGCGAGCUCAAAGAGGAGUCCUUGGUGCAGGAGGUCCAGAGCUUCGUGAGCUCCGGGAGGCUUGCCGCCAAGAAGUUGUCUCCGGUCCAGUGGUCCGCUCUCGCGUUUGAACUGAUGACAUCAGAGGCAACAGAGCAGGAGUUUGACUUGAAGAAGUACAUAAGAUCAGAGGAAGGUUUAGUGAAGCUGCUGACCGUCAUUACUUCUUCCACGCGUGCUCUGCUGAAUCGCUGCAACCUCACUGAGAACUGCUGUGAAGUUCUGGCUUCUGCACUGAGCUCGACCUCCUCUCACCUGACAGAGCUGGACCUGAGCGACAACAACCUGAAAGAUUCAGGGGUGAAGCUGCUUUCUGUUGGUUUUGGGAGCCCGCACUGUAAACUGAAGAGUUUAAGAUUACACAAGUGUAAAUUGGACGGUGAAUGCUGUGAAGCCCUGGCUGCUGCUUUCAGCACAGAAUCAACCCAACUCAAAGAACUGGACCUGAGUGCUAAUGACUUCCGGGAAGCAGGAUUGAAGGGUCUGUGCAUGGGACUGUGCAGCCACAACUGCAAACUAGAAACAGUGAGAUUGAACCAGUGCAAGUUGAGAGCGAACUUCUGCGCAGAUUUGGCAAAAGUUUUGAGUUCCGGCGCAUGUCACCUGAAAACUCUUGACCUGAGCAACAACAGCCUGAAGGAUUCUGGUAUAUCGCUGCUUACUGUAGGACUGAGGAGUCCACAGUGUAGACUGGAAAGACUAAGGCUCAGCUGGUGUGGCCUUACACAGAAGUGCUUCGAUCCCAUUGGCUCAGCUCUCAGCUCCGACUCUGCCAGUCUCAAAGAGCUGGACCUGAGUGGAAACAACCUGCAGGGUCCGGACAUCCAGCUGCUGUGUGCCGGAUUAAGAAGUCCAAACUGUAAACUGGAGAUACUACGGUUAAAUGAGUGCAUUCUUCAGAAAUGCUGUGCUGAUCUGGCCUCAGUCCUCAGCUCAGACACGUCACACCUGAAGGAGCUCGAUCUGAGCGGGAACGACCUGCAGGACUCGGAAGUGAAGCCCCUCUCUGCUGGACUGGCAAGUACGGACUGUAAACUGGAGACUUUAAGGCUGUCAUUCUGCGGAGUCACACAACAAGGCUGCGCUUACUUGGCUUCAGCGCUGAGCUCCAACCCCUCGAACCUGAGGCAGCUGGACCUGAGCUACAACUACCUGCAGGAGUCGGGAGCGAAGCUGAUCUCUGCUCGUCAGAAUGACCCGCUCUGUAAACUGGAAGAACUGAGUGUGGACCAUAAUGCAGAGUGCUACUUGAAAUCAACACUGAAAAACUAUGCAUGCGAGCUGACGCUGGACACAAACACCGCCGCCAAGUCUCUCUAUCUGCACGACAGCGGGAAGCAGGUGACGUGGGUCAGGGAGCAACAGCAGCACCCAGAUCACCCCGACAGGUUUGAGAGCGUCUCCCAGGUGCUGUGUCACCAGGGCCUCACCCAGCGCCACUACUGGGAGGUGGAGUGGCGAGGACGCUGGGUGGACGUCGGCGCUGCUGUGAGGGGGAUCCGUCGGAGGGCGGGCUCUCACCUCUGCGGGUUCGGCUACACGGACCAGUCGUGGAGUCUGUUCUGCUCUGAGGACCACUACAGCGCUCAGCAUGACCACCAGAAGGUGGAAAUACCAGCACCUCCGUCAGGCUCCCACAGGGUCGGAGUAUACCUGGACUGGCCAGGAGGCACCCUGUCCUUCUACAGCGUCUCCUCUGGGACCCUCAGCCACCUUCACACGUUCUACAGCAGCUUCACUGAGCCCCUCUACCCUGGGUUUGGGAUGGAGGAGGAUGACUGCUCUGUAACUAUUUGCAGAGUGGAAGGUUUGCAGGAACUCAUUCCUCGGUCCACCAGUGCGGGAAGGUCUGAGGAAUUCUGAGUGCAGGUUGAUUUAAUGAUGUUUUGGGGCUCCCAGAGGGCGGCGGCACUGCUGGGGUGUAACAUCUGAUGAAUAGGGAACAAAUUCAUAAUUAUCACUCAGGCUGUCGAAAUGAUGUUUUUUGUUUUUUUUUAAAACAUUUUGUCUGAAAUGUGUCAACCCGCACAAAUGAUAACACACUGACACACACUUUUCAUGUCAAAUGCUGCCAGUGCGCAAGCACAGACAUCUUGGUCAACAGUCUACAGGCAUGCUAACAAAACAUGCUCACAGUGAUAUGCUAAAAUGUUCGUUUGUUUGGUGGCAUGUUCACCAUUGUAGCUUAAAAGUAUAAUAUAUAUAUAUAUACUCUGUAUUAAAAUAUCUAAAA